AUGGACAGACUCGGAAUAUUUUCAGUACCUUGUCGAAUCUAUGCCAUAAAAGAUUAUGGAUAUGGCAGUUCUGAAGGCAAACGGAGGUCCAACCCGGUACUAGUAAGUAUCUGUGCUGCUGUAAUUAAAGUGUUCAAAGGAGAAGAACUACAGCUGAACGAGCUUUAUUCUUUAAAUGAAAAUACCAGGUGGCUAUUAAGAUCAGAUAUGGGCUACUUCAUCAAGGAUUAUUUCCAGAAUCAAAUUUUGACCAAAAGUUUGAUGAUGAUUUUGGAUGAGAUUCAGAAGCAUAAAGAGGAGAAACGACUCUUUAUUUUGGCUGAAAUUUGGGAACGAUUUUUCACUGAGAUUCUACCCACUUUGCAGGCUAUUUUAUAUCCUCUGCAGGGGCAGGAGCUGACAGUCAGACAGAUGGCUCUUCUGGGCUUCAGGGAUCUGGUCAUAAUGAAGCUCUCUCUGGCUGACCUGCUGAGCAACAAUCUGUCUCUCAUCCCAGCGUCCAUCACACAGAUGCUUCUCGUGCUACAGGGAAUUCAGGAAUCCAGAGGUCCCUCAAAGGAAUCCUGUCAGCUCGAGAGUCUGGUAGAGCUUGUGGUCUCACCUUAUCUAUGGAACUGCAGGCACACAAGCUGCAGAGACCGAAGUGGCAGCAGAGCACAGCUGAGUCACCCUGAGAUAAAGAUUACUCACUACAUCUCUGAAAGCUCUCUGCUGUCGCCUGUAGAGGAGCAGGAAGGAGAGGUUCACCUCGAGCGACGUCACAGUGUCACAAACGCUCACUCUGACAUCCAGCUGCUCACGGUCAGCGGCAGAGCGUUUUCUGGGAAGGACAACAGCUGUGUUGAGGCCAUAGAUGUGAGUAGGACACACCUGAGAAAGUGACUUGAGGUGCGCAGGAAAAGACAGAAGAGACUUCACAUUCAACAAUAGUUUAUAAAGACAUAUAUAAACUGUAUAAUGUGGUGGAAAUAAAAACAAAUCAACA